UUUUAGGUCUAUCCGGCCUGCCCCCCCUUGCCAAGUUGGCGUUCAGUGCCACCCCAGUGCUGCCGCCACCACCUGCUGCUAGUUGGCAAGGUACCUACCAAUCCACCACCACUGAUAUCAUCGCCAUCCAAGUAACAAGUACCUCCCGUCGGCGCAUCUCAACCGGGUGGCGGCGGCCUCUUUGCUUCUCAACACCUUCAUCAAACGCCCUGCUCCCUCCGCCGACUCGCUCCGCAAACUGUACCUGCCCAGACGUCACCGUAUUCUCUCCUCCAUCUCGUCUCUUGCUUCGCGACCAACUCCGGGGCAAUUGCCUGGCUCACCACCACCUCCAACAAAAAAGUACUACGUACCUCGACGACCCGAACGCCCGCCAACGGGCACGUGCGAGGAUAAUGCUGGCCAUCGGUUGACGACAUCUCUCCAGCGCGCCCGCCUCCAUCCGUCUCCGACGUCGAGGAGCACGUCCCGCCGCCCUGCCCCGACUCGGACGACGCCUGCUCCGUCCCUGUCCCGUCUCCCGCGGGUCCGCGUCGAAACCGAGGCCCCCACAGCCGCACACGCCGCCGGGGGGGAGGACCGGGGACAUCGUAUAGACUCGCCCGCGACGUCACGCACGGAGCGAUGCUGCUCCUCCACCAGGUCGGCGCCGUCAAGAUAGGCGAGGUCGUCCGCUACACCGUCACCUACACCCCGUCGCAGGACCGCAUCCUGCCCUCGCCCGAGAAGCUCUUCGUCCGCAUCCGCAACACCUCGGCCAUCGCCCUGCGCGCCGCCUUCGUGCACGGCCCUUACACCCUCUCCGUCGCCGCAUACCCCUCGGCCUUCUCCCCCAACGAGCGCUUCCCCAACCCCCGUCGCUAUGGCGUCCCCCAGCACGAGCCAAUGCUCAAGGCCGGCGGCUCGUGGGAGUGCGAGCUCGUCGUCCCCGACGACAUCCGUCAGGCCGCCGGUACCGGCCGCCACGGCCACUUUGGCAAGGCGCCCGACCACGAUGCUGAGAGUGCCAGCUGGGUCAUCGAGGUCUCUUCCCAGGUCAUAUUCUCUACCUCUGUCGCCGUGGGGUACGAGCUCGUAGUCGCUCGCGACCGCAAGUCACUCAGCUUAAGCGGCUCAUUACCCGUCGUCGGCAGCCAGAGCCAGGUCCCCACGCCCGGCAGGGUGGCGGACUUGCAGCAGAGCGUCGGAUCCAAGGACGGCCAUCACCCCGCGCAGCCGAGGGGCGUCUUCUCCCGCGCCGUCCACAUCACCGUCGAGGAUACGGCGUCCUUGUGGAACACGCCGCGCCUGCCCGGCUGGGACGAUGCCGGCGAGGACAGACUGCAGGGGCGCGCCGGCGCCAACAAACCCGUCGAGAGCGUCGUAAAGACGGGUGAUCCCGAGACCAAGGAGAGCUCAAUGCCUACGAAGCAGAAGAGUGUUCACCUCGUCAUCCUGACUCAUGGCUUGCAUAGCAACCUGGGCGCCGACAUGCUGUUCCUGAAGGAGAGCAUCGAUGCUUCGGCGAAGCAGGCAAGAACCGAUGCAAAAGCUAGGAAAAGAAGGGAACGGGAACGUGCUGCCGCCCAGAGGCAAGACUCUCACCGCCCGGAAUCUACAGAAGGAGAGGAUGUCAAGGCCGACCAGGAGCCGCCGGAAUCUAGUGAGCCAAAGGACGAUACCGAUGACGAAGACGAUGAUCACGAACAGGUGAUUGUGCGGGGAUACUCGGGAAAUGCCACCAAAACGGAGCGAGGCAUUAAAUACCUGGGCAAGCGGCUGGCCAGGUACGUCCUGUCCAUGACCUUUCCGGAUCAGCCAUACCUCCCUCUAGGGAAGGGGGCCGGAGAGGGUUUCGCCGAGGGCCUCAAAGGGGACCACCACCACAAGUACCAAGAGCACGAGGUGAAGCAAGCACACAAGCACAGCACGAUACAAGCCGACAUGGACAAGGCCCGGCGCGAGAAGCACCAGCGCCCGUACAAGAUCACUAGCAUCAGCUUCGUGGCGCAUUCCUUGGGAGGCUUGGUUCAGACUUAUGCCGUCGCCUACAUCCAGAAGCAUUCCCCUCAAUUCUUCGAGCACAUCAAGCCCAUCAACUUCAUAACCCUGGCGUCUCCUUUCCUUGGCCUAAGCAACGAAAAUCCGCUCUACGUCAAGUUUGCACUCGACUUUGGCCUCGUCGGCCGUACUGGGCAGGAUUUAGGAUUGACCUGGCGGGCGCCGACGCUGGCCAGGAGCGGAUGGGGCGCCAUCGUGAGCAACCUGGGUGAGUCGGCGCACAAGAAAGUGUAUGGAGAGACGCAACCAGAGUCGAAGCCGCUGCUAAGGAUCCUGCCAACGGGACCGGCUCACACGGCGCUCAAGAAGUUCCGGAACCGUACCGUCUACUCGAAUGUGGUCAACGACGGCAUCGUCCCUCUGCGUACGAGCUGUCUUCUGUUUCUCGAUUGGCAGGGGCUCGGUCGCGUCGAAAAGGCGCGACGCGACGCUGGACUUGUCGAGACCAUGGUGGGCUUUGGCUGGGCGGAGCUGACAGGCACCAACAUGGCGAGCCUCCGUCCUAAACAACUGCCUAGCAACGGUGAGCCAAGCGACUCAGGAACCACCACGCCACGGGAUCACAUGCGUCAGGUCCCUCAGCCGUCGAGCGACGCAAUUACAGAAGACGACCGGGCGAGUCUCCGAUCGAUACCGACGCCUUACGCCGAAGAAGACGAUGCCCCUUCGCCGGGCACGGUAGAGCCCUCCACCGGCGGACCUCUGUCUGGCUUUUUUAACCUGUUCAAGAGCAAUGACCCGCCAAAGGAACAGCCCGUCUCCCAUAAACAAAAGAUGAUACUGCGGCGCGGGCAGACGAUGCCCCUGGACCAGGCUCCCGUAUCGCCUGAUCUUUCGGACACGUCCAGCCAAAGCCGCCAAGCAAGCAAGUCGGGCAAAGCAACGUCGGGCCAUGAAUUCGAAGAAGGCGCACAAGGGGUGGCAGUGCCGCCAAAGACGACAUUUUUUGAAUCCGCCGGAGACUUGCUGAACCCCAGCGUCCCGAGCGUCGAGUAUGUCAUUGACCCCUCGAAACGGCCUCGGACCAUAUUUCACGACCGUGUUUACCACCCUGUCGAUAUACCGCCUCCGCCGAUGAAGAAACGACAGGCUACCCUGCGCCGCAAGACGUUCAAUCGCGUCGGCUCUGUGUCGCAGCAGUCGACCACCAGCGGCUCUUCUUCUCCGUAUCCGUCCGUCGCCCACGAGGAUUCCCUCAACUCAACCAAGGACUACGACGACACGGUGCACACGAAUCCCGACAGGCACCCCGAUGAGGUGGUGGACGGCUCCAACAUGCGCGUUGAGGAAAAGAUUGCCAGGGGCUACCACCGUGAUCUGUCAUGGCGCAAGGUGCUGGUCAAGCUCGAGCCGGACGCACACAACAACAUUUUCGUUCGCCGCAUGUUUGCCAACGCCUACGGCUGGCCCGUCAUCAAGCACCUCGUGGACGCGCACUUUAGCGACUCGGCGACGGCGCGCAUGCGCACCGAGGACGAGCACCUCGGGGAGCGGGCCCUCGACAUGAACCAGCCGCCCGACGAGCACGGCGCCGAGACCAAGGCCGCCGCCGCGGCCGCGUCCUCGAGCACCCUUAAUGUCGCCAAGCCGGGCCACGGCGGCCGCAACGAGAGCGAGGCGCGAGAGGCCCUCGAUGAGGUCCCGGACCUGCCCAAGUCACAAGGCAGCGAGCAGUCGUCGACUUCAGCGGCAGCGGUGGCUCCAGCAUCCGCGGCGCUCCUCAGCGCACCUCGCGCUCACCCCCAUCCUACGGACCGCGCCGACUCGGUGACGUGGAGCGAGCGCGACUGGAUCGACAGCGAUAAUGAAAGUGACGCCGAUCUCGGUACUGCUGCUGCCAAAGAUGACAAGAAGCAGCAACACAAGGCCGCGCAGCAGCAGCAGCAGCAACACUCAUCGCAAGCGGAGGGAUCCCAGCCGCCGCCACCGCAACAGCAAAAGGGGAGCAGCAAGGACGGUCAUGAUGACCAAAAGCAGCAGCAGAGAGCGCUGAGCCCCUCGUCGUGGAACUGGGCCGAGAAGAUUGUCGGCAGGGGCGCCAGGGGCCGCAGCAAGAGUCCCAGCCCGGACGCCAACAAGUAGAUUCCUUUGGCCGAUAAUGACGUGCAGAAAUACACGCACGCACCGCCUGCCUGCCUGCCUGCCUGCCUGCCUGCCUGCCUGCCUGCCCUGCCCCCUCGCAAAGACGGAGGACGGACGACGACGACGACAUUAACCAUGACGGGCCCUAUAUACUAGUAAAGCGGCAGAUCUUGACACACCUAGUAUUCUGCGCGGCGCGAAAUAGCCGUACCUCUGACCUAAUACCUUACUUAGUACACAGAACUCAAUUUAGCAACUACGUUAGAUCCUGAACAAGAUGCGACCAUAUCGCAAAUGCGCUGGCAGUACGCCUUCUUCGCAGGGUGAUGGAAGCAAACUUUUGGUUCCGUGCUGAGACGCAGAGGGGGACUCAAGUCUUCUUGUGUCACCUUUAUUCAUUGCUCAUCAUUUAUUUACAUGGUCGACGCCUGCUAAC